GCCCCUCCCCCUCCGUGACGUCGUGUUUUUGUGCUGAGAAGGAGGAGACAAACUGACGUCCACAAGCCGACAGCACUGUUCACAUCAGAGGUAAACUGUUUUCUUUAACGAGACCCUCAGCUGUCUGCACACAGGAAAUGGAGCAGGAAGCAGUGGAGCUGAACCAGGACUCUAUCGCUUGUUCCAUCUGUCUGGACCUCCUAAAGGAACCGACGACGAUCCCCUGUGGACACAGCUACUGUUGGAGCUGCAUCAACACCUACUGGGAUGAAGAGGACCGGGAGACGUCUCACAGCUGUCCUCAGUGUGGGCAGAGCUUUAGAGGAAGGCCUGACUUGAAGAAAAACGUCACGUUAGCAGCUUUAGUGGAGGAGCUGAGGAGGGAUGGACUCCAGGGAGCAGCUGAUCUGUGCUAUGCUGGAGCUGAAGAUGUGUCCUGUGACGUCUGCUCUGACAGGAAACUGAAAGCUGUCAAGUCCUGUCUGAACUGUUUGGCCUCUUAUUGUGAAAAACACCUCCAGCUUCACUUUGAAACUGCUGCUUUUGAGAAACACCAGCUGGUGGAGCCCUCCAAGAAGCUCCAGGAGAACAUCUGUCCUCAGCUGGAGCAGGAGAUGACUGAGCUGAAGAGGAAAGACGGCCAGCUGGAGCAGCUCUCACACACAGAGGAUCACAACCAGUUUCUCCACAACUACCCCUCAGUGUCAGCACUCAGUGAGUCUCCACACUCAUCCAGCAUCAAGACUCGUCCUCUCAGAUACUUUGAGGACGUGACGGCAGCUGUGGACCAGCUCAGAGACAACAUACAGGACGUCCUGAGGGACACCUGGACAAACAUCUCAAAGAAAGUCUCAGAAGUCGACGUCCUUCUGCCUGAACCAGAACCCAGAACCAGAAAGGGUUUCCUGAAAUAUUCUCGAGAACUGACGUUGGAUCCGAACACGGCUCACGCUCACCUCCUGCUGUCGGAGGACGACACCAAAGCCACGUACAUGAAGGAGCAGCAGACGUCCUGCAGCCACCCGGACAGGUUCACCGCCUGGCACCAGGUCCUGAGCAGGGAGACGCUGGUCGGACGCUGCUACUGGGAGGUGGAGUCGAGGCGCGGGGGCGUUCGCGUCGCCGUGGCAUACCACAGCAUGAAGCGGGCCGGGCGUCUGAACGAGUGUCUGCUGGGCUGCAACGACCGGUCCUGGGCUCUGUGCUGCGACAGGAACAGCUACACCUUCUGGCACAACAACGUGAAAACUCCAGUUCCAGGGUUCUGCUCCCGCCGGGUGGGAGUGUACCUGGACCACAGGGCAGGGGUUCUGUCCUUCUACAGCGUCUCUGACACCAUGACCCUCCUCCACAGAGUCCAGACCACCUUCACUCAGCCGCUCCACGCCGGGCUCCUGUUCUACGCCGACGGAGACACGGCCGAGUUCGUCAAACUGAAGUAGACGUGACCUCUGAUUGUAGUUGUUGGAUUUCUUCUGUUUUAUCUGUUCAGGUUUUUACCAAGGAGCUGUUUUUAUUUUAUGGUUCAGUUUGUUUUGAUCAAACUCACUCAGGAAGAUCGUUUCUAAUGAAAAAUAUCAGCGUUGACCUUUAAAACACAUUUUAUUACAUGUGAACAGUAUUACUCAGGUAUAACACUAAUGAACAGAUUCACACAAUGUGGUUUUUCUAUCCUUGUGGAGACUUCCUGUUCAUUUUCCAGUCCUGUCUACAGUCUUUCUCUUUGAACUCCCCCAGCCAAACUAAUGGUAUCUGUACCCAUGUGGACCAGGAUUUGGUCCUCACCAGGUUCAUUUGUGUUUGUUUGGAAAACAUGUGUUUAAACUGUCAGAAUUGUAUCAUAGAUCUGUAAAAAUACAAAUAUUAAUGUUUUUUUUAGACUUCAGGUACGGGAUAAAUCUUGUGCCAGCAGGAAUUUAAU